AUGGAAAACGAUUCGCUGAGAGGAUCCGCAGCUGGCAGCAGCGAGGAACCCAAUCAGAAUGGGAAGCGAGAAGAUGAUCAAGUAGAAGGAAGAAAUGAUGAGGAUGAUGUACUAGAAGAUGUCGACAAUGACGAAGAGCAAGAAGAAGAAGAGCUGGAGGAGUCGAGUCAGGAAAUGGGAGACGAUUACAAUGCGGGACGACAGGGAGAUAGCGAUCAUGAUUCGUUAGAGGACAAGGAUUAUGAUGAGGAGGAAGACGAAGAAGACGAAGAUGAAGUAGAGCAAGAGUGUGCACAAGUCGUCGAUUCUACGGCUCAGAAUCCACAACACGCCUGGCCAGAUCAAGAGAAUCAAGAUAAUAUAGCUGCUGGAGGGGAAGAUUUUGAUGCCGAGCAAGCAGGAAUGGAAUAUGAAGCGAUAGUUGCAAGAAGAGCAGAAAUUGUUGAGAAUGCAAGAAUUGAGAAUGACCACCGGGAAAAGCUCCGACUUUGUCUAUGAUUAUACGAUGAUCGGUAUAAGACACGAUUGGAUACAAUUCGAAUGGCUUUAAUAGGAAGACAAACAACUAUUCAGAUGAUUGAUCUGGAACCAGAGUUGCCUACACAAAAAGAUUAUCAAUCUGACAUUCUCAGGGAGCUGACACAAAUUCGCAAUGAAAAUCUGGAAUAUAACAGGCUGGAAGUUUAUGUACUAGAACUGGAGCAAAUUAUGAGAAUUCGAAUGAUUGUCGAUUUGCUGGAUUUGGGUGGAAGGUUGAACAGUGAAACAUUGCUUCAAAUGUGCUAUAGACUUGUCAAUCAAGAAACUGACUUGGAAAAUCUGCGAAACUUUCGAGACAGUCAGUUUGCACAAGAAGAACAACGUCGUGAUCGACUCAGAGAAAUUGGACAGAGGAUUUUCAAUCGAUUUGAGCAGCAGCAAGAAGAGGCUGCGGGGAAUCGAGAAGGUUCUGAAGCUGGAGAGAGACCUUCCAAAGAAAAUAUCGAGUUUCGGAUUUGGCGAUUUUUGUCCGUACUUCAGCAUCAAGAUGGGCUUGAAAGACUUGACGAGCUUGAAAGAGAAAUAGCUGUCAGAAGAGAAAUGAAUGCGGCUGAUCAGUUUCAAGAAGGACAAGAUUUUUUCGCUAGAAUCAACCCAGAUAUUGUCGCGGAAGGUAUCCCACAUCACAACAAUAGAGAUAAUAUACCGAUUGAACGACAAUACAGAACAGAGUUCAUUCAAUUAGCGAAUGAUUUACAAAGUCCGCCAGAUGAUGUGAGGCUUGAUGUGUUCCGGCGCCUGAUUGACCUGGGUGUACAGUUCCAAGAAUCGAGAUUGGAGCAAGACCGUCAGAGAAUCCAGGAAGAACCACAACGGCAGAGAGAAGGUGAAAUCAUGGAUCAGCUCAAUGAUUCGGUUAAAGGAGAUAUGCGCAGAUUAAAUCCGAUGGCUCCUGGAAAUGCCUCGGGGAACAUUCAACAAGAAGGAGCUGGUAUUGAAACUGAUGUGGAUGUUGACGAUGAGCUGGAGGAUGAGUAUAGUGGAAGUGACAGUUCACAAGAUGUUGAGGAGGUGCCAGAAGAAAGUUCAGAAAGAUACGUAGCUGACACUGGGAGUGCUACAAAUCAGCCUUCAAGUAGCACUUCAGAGCCAAAUGCUGGAAAUGAAGAAGUCGAAGAUCCAUCACAAAGAACACGAAAACGAGGCAAUGGAAGUGAGUUGUCGGAUGCUAAGAGAACCAAUUAA